UAGAAAAGUUAGGCCGGCAUUAUUAUUAGAGAAGAGAUGAUUCUUCGUAUAUAGGAUUUACAGUCUAUGGUAGCGCAUAAGCAGUGGUCUAGCUCUUCCUCAUACGAGGUUCCCUCACUCAUCCUAAUUUCUAUCGUAACAUAGUUAGCCAUAGUAUCUUUCGAGAUGCAUUGGAAUACCUUCACCCUAGCGCUCCUCGCGCAAGGGGCUGCUGCCCAACAGAUGAUACGCUUCGGCUGCUCGCAGCUUGUCAUCGAGCGGUUGGAUCCCCUAGUCAACCCCGGUACCACGCCGUCGCCGCACGUUCAUCAGAUCGUGGGAGGCAACUCUUUCAAUUCUAGCAUGGACCCGACAACACACGAUCUCGUUAGAGACUCUACCUGCACCACCUGCACGUUUUCCGAAGACUUCUCUAACUACUGGACGGCGGUCAUGUACUUCCGAGCCCGCAACGGAACAUACCGACGUGUGCCCCAAUUCGCCAACGUAGGACUUCGUGCUGUGGGUGGUAUUACGGUCUACUAUAUCCCGCCAUAUGAUGGAAAGACGACGGUGACCGCUUUCAAGCCCGGCUUCCGCAUGCUUGUGGGAGAUGCCGCGCUUAGAAAGUCCGAUGGCAUGCAGCGCCAACUUUGCCACCGUUGCUACACAUCUGAGAGUGGCGCUGGCGUCGCUGGUGAUACAGGUGGGGCGCCGUGCACUGGAUCAGAUACUCAGAGUUUACCACCGGCACCUUGCAAGGGUGGUAUUCGAACGACAAUUACCUUCCCGACUUGCUGGGAUGGUAAGAACUUAGAUAGCCCAGACCACAAGACUCACGUUGCGUAUCCCGAGACGGGUUCGUUCGAAUCGGUCGGCACAUGCCCGCAAAGCCACCCCGUUCGUUUACCUCAGUUGAUGUACGAAGUGAUGUGGGACACGCGACCCUUCAAUGACCCAGAUCUAUGGCCCGAAGAUGGCUCGCAGCCGUUCUACUGGAGUACAAACGAUGAGACCGGGUACUCGCAACAUGGUGACUACAUAUUCGGCUGGAAGGGUGAUGCGCUCCAGCGUGCUCUCGACGCCCGAUGUAACAACGCUAUCUGCAAGGAACUCAAAGUCCAGACUUCCGAGGAGGCAAUGAGGUGCACCAAAGCACAAACCGCAGUAGAGGAUGUUGAUGGAUGGUUGGAAAGUAUUCCUGGAAAUUAGGUCAACCUAUAUACUUAUUAGUCCCGAAUUGAUGGACGAAGAUAUAGAACAAAGUAUCAAGAGUUGCCUCUAACUAUAUCACGUCCUACUUUCCUCCUUGCGUACCUAUGUAGAUGCCCCCCCACGCGCAUUUUUGAACGAUGGUAUUUUCCUAUAGAUUUUUAUAAUAAGCAGUAACCACAUA